AUGGGUGUGAAGAAUGCAUGCAGUAUGUUGGUCGCACUGGGCAUUGACUCACGUCGCGUUUACGAGCAGGAAUUUGAGGAAGCAUUUUUACGUGUUUCCUCGGAAUAUUAUCGAGCAAAAAGUCAGAGUUUUUUGGCCGAAAACAGCGCAUCGAUUUAUGUGAAAAAAGUGGAAGAGUGCUUGAUGGAGGAAUCGACCCGAGCAAAAGUGUACCUCGACAAAGGCACCGAACAAAAAAUAUUGGAGGUUCUGGAUGAGGAACUUAUCAACAAACAUAUGUUAACGAUAGUUGAGAUGGAGAAUAGUGGUGUUGUACACAUGCUCAACAAUGAUCGCGUUCAGGAUUUACGCCGACUUUAUAUGUUAUUGAAGCGAAUGACAAAAGGCCUCCCAACAAUGACUGAUUGCAUUAGCAGAUAUCUUCGCCGAAAAGGUGAACAACUGGUGAGCGAAGGAGGUGAGGGUGAAGCAAGCCUGCCCAAGAAUCCUAUUUCUUAUAUACAAGUCAGCUAUUUUGCUUAUUAA